CUCGUUUGAUUCACGCGAGGGCCGUCUUUAACAAGGCCAAUGGAUUAUACUUUGUCCUCUCUCCCGCCGUCGCAGUGGGCGGGGUGAAAGAAUGCGGUAUUUUUAUGAAUGAAAUUACGACAGUGGAUGGUGUUCCUGUGAGUCUCCUGAUUGGCUGGCCGCGGCAGAAUCGCCCCUCAUCAUCGUAACUGACGUCAGAGGGGAAUCAUUGAAGGUACAGCUCGCAGCCCACCAGAGCUGAGUGUUAUACUGAAGCGAUCGCGAGGACGACCGACAUUAUAAAGCGGAGCUACGGAGAAACUUCGCUUCGCAAGACGAGCAGAGCAAAUACAUAUUUGGAAGAAGACGACUUGCACGUACCUCCGCGAGCCUGCAAUUUUUAUUUACUUGGAAAUCGAUUUCAGCGUGCUAAAAAGGACUUUGGUUGGAUGGUACUCUGUGCCGUGAAGAACGGUCCUCUUUACAAUCCUAUAGUGCUUCCAAAUGGCCCAAAACAAUUCUGAAGUGGGCUUAGAAGUCAUCUUGGCAAUGGACGAACUGCUGGAACUCUCCCCUACCCAUAUGACCCCUAAACCCUUGGAGGCCACAGUGAUGACUCCAUGGGACAUAGCCCUGUUUAUUUCAGGUGCCCUGAUAUGCUGUGAAAAUGCCAUCGUUGUAGUCACCAUCUUCUCUUCCUCAUCUCUACGGGCACCAAUGUUCUCACUAAUUGGCAGUUUAGCCUGGGCGGACUUCCUAGCAGGGGUAGGGCUCCUAUUGCACUUCCUGUCUCGCCGGUGUGUGUACUCAGAAGCGUUAGAGCUGGGCAGCGUGGGUUUGUUGGUGAGCGCACUCAGUGCAUCUGUUUUCUCUCUGUUGGGCAUUACCCUGGACCGCUUCCUCUCUCUACAUCGCGCUCUUACUUAUGGAUCCCGGCGCACGCACACACAAACUCGCUGUGCUCUGGCUGUCGGUUGGACCCUUGCUGGUCUUCAGGGUGCUUUACCAGCGCUGGGUUGGAAUUGCUUGAACGAUGGACAAUCUUGCAGUGUGCUUCGCCCUCUGACCCGAGUGCACCUGGCAACCCUCUGCGGUGGCUUCCUGCUGACCCUGGUUCUGUUGCUGCAGCUGAAUGCUCGUAUCUGCCAAGUUGUACUUCGCCAUUCACACCAAAUCGCCCUUCAAAGACACACGCUUCCAUCUGCUCGGACGCACACACAACGUCGGGUACACACCCUCGCUUUAAUUCUGGCCACAUUUGCCAGCUGCUGGAUGCCCUUUGCUCUUUAUGGUCUUCUCGCCGAUGGGUCAUCCCCGGUUCUUUACACUUAUGCCACCCUGAUUCCAGUCACAGGAAACUCUAUGCUUAAUCCUCUGAUCUAUGCCUACAGAAACAAACACAUACAGAGAGUGCUUCGACAGGCCUGCUGCUGCUGCUGCCUACCAAACACACCCAACAAACAGACACACACACCCAGUGAUGUCUGAUCUAGUCUUCUUUAAACUCAUUAAUGAGCUAAUCAGAACCAUCUGAGAGAUGCCAUGGUGCCACAUUUUUACACUGUCUUACAUUUGUUCACAUGUUAUAUAUUUUGUUGUCUGUCAGACACAGAGUAGUUGCCAUGUUUUGUCUAACUGGGGUUAUGACCUCUUUUGAUCUCCUCAUCAUUGUAUUCUUUUUGAAAACGGGUUUAUUUUACUGUGAUGCAUUAUUAAAACUUGAUAUAGACAGGGAAGACUGCCACUGUAUGGACUUUUCAUAUAAGAGAUCCUUUUAGCUACUUGCCAACUAAAGUGGGUAAAGCGGAAACGUUUCUCCUGUUUGCUUUAUUUGUCUCAAAUUUGUGCCUCAUAGUUUUAUGUCCUCUGAAAUUCAGAGUUUACUGAUGGAAUUAAAAUCAUUUGCACUUUACAACAACUACUUGACUUGUUGAAAUGUUUGAAUUUUGUUUGUACUGAAAAACUAUAUAUACACAUAUUUAAUGAUCAAAUUAUUUUCCAUUUAUUAUUAUGACAAACUGAUGUUUUUAUACUUCAUUAUUGUCUUGUUUGCACAUAUAUCAAUGUUGCACAAAAUGUUCAAAUGUGUUCUUGUAUAAAUGAGAAGUUUUAUGGAAAAUGUUUUUAAUA